CUUACUUACAUUUCCAUUAUUUUCUUCUUUCACGGAGUGGCUCACUCACCAUGGAGGUUGCCUCAACUGCUUCUAGCUUCGCACUCAACAAGCAAAUUAUGGCAUUGCCGUCUUCUUCUCGAACCGUAACCCCUAUUCGAGCCAUGAGUUCGUCGACCUCCUCCGUCAGGACAUCUCUCUCCACCAAUUUCAUUGCUCCUCGUUCCUUAAUCAGCAGCGCCUCUAGCCAUUUCUCCGGCUACAAGCUCCGACCAUCCUCCCUCAACCCGGCUUCAUUUGGUGGCUCCAACGCCAAGCGAGGCGUCAUUACUAUGGUUAUUCCAUAUUCAAGUGGGAGUGCCUAUGAACAACCUCCACCGGACUUGGCUUCUUACUUGUACAAAAACCGAAUUGUUUAUUUGGGCAUGUCUCUUGUUCCAUCUGUCACUGAGUUGAUUCUAGCAGAAUUUCUUUACCUUCAAUAUGAAGAUGAUGAUAAGCCUAUCUACCUCUACAUAAACUCCACUGGGACAACUAAGGGAGGUGAGAAGUUGGGUUAUGAGACUGAGGCCUUUGCAAUUUAUGAUGUGAUGAGGUAUGUCAAGCCUCCUAUUUUCACUCUUUGUGUUGGUAAUGCUUGGGGAGAAGCAGCAUUGCUUUUGGCUUCAGGUGCAAAGGGAAACCGCUCUGCUUUGCCAUCAUCAACAAUAAUGAUAAGACAGCCAAUUGCAAGGUUUCAAGGUCAAGCAACAGAUGUUAACCUUGCAAGAAGAGAAGUCAAUAAUGUGAAGGCAGAAUUAGUUAAAUUGUAUGCAAAGCAUAUGGAAAAAACACCCGAGCAGAUUGAAAAUGAUAUUCAGCGUCCAAAGUAUUUUAGCCCCAGUGAAGCUGUUGAGUAUGGUAUCAUAGACAAGGUUAUAUACAAUGAUAGGGGGUCUGAGGAUCGUGGAGUUGUUUCUGAUCUUAAAAAGGCACGGCUUAUUUGACAGUUGGGAUUUGAAUUGCAAUUUUCUCGGAGUUCAGUAGAUCAGCUGAAAUGGAAGAAGAUCAGCAGUGAAAUUGGGCAAGCAUGCCAAGCAAGUAGCGGAUGUUAUAGUAUGAAUUGUUAAUACCAUAGGACCAUAUUUCCCUUCCCCAACAAUAGGCUGAAGGAUCUACCACUACUUGUUUUCUAAUAUGUUGUACACAUGACUGUAUUCUGGUUCAUUCUAAUUCAAAAUGUUUUUGCCUGUCAGUACCAGCAGCACGAAACUCAAUUACAGUUAAUGCCAAUGUUUAGCAAUUUUGAAGAA